UCAAAAGGCAGCCACAUAAAAUUAUGAAAUAAAUCAUUGAAUUGAUUUCACUUCGAAUUCACAUUUGUCCUCUGUAAAUGGCUGUCGUCCUCUCUCUGUUGUGUUUGUGUAGACAUAGCGGACAUCAGACUCAUUCGCUGUGGUGGUCGUUGUUGUUUAUGAGGUAGACAAGAAUAAAUCUGACUGACUUUUGAUUCAAUGAAUCACUCAAGCGCAAGUUUGAUUCACUGAAACGGGCGGUUCUAAGGAAUCGGUUCGGUAAACCCAGUCGAACUGAACCAUCACUGUUACGCGCAUGAUCUGCGGAAGUAGCCUCGGACUGGAGCGAGAGAGGAUGGACUGGGUUGCCAAAUGCUUCUUUAUAACUCCUCUCUUCAUUGUGUCAGAGGUCCUUCUUGUUUUCGUGAAUCGUCCAGGCCCCUCAAAGCAUCAGUAAAUAAAUCAGUGUGCACACGCACUUUUUAUGAACGCGAAAUACAUUUUACGCGUAUUUUUAACGCUACAGUGGGUGAAUAAAAGAAGAAUGAAAUCAUGUGAGGAAGUGCCGAAAUUGGGAAACGCCCCACUGUUGCUUGGCAACAGGAAAACAUUGUACCUUGCACGACGGGCCUGGUGCAGAAAAUGGAAAAUGCUUCUGGCAGCAUUUCGUCAGUUAUAAGAGCAAUGUUUCAGACAUAACCUGCAGUGUUUGGAAGAAAAGGUCUCAGGAUGAACUACAGCGAGCUUGUCAGAGAGGCCAUCACACUGCUGGACAAGUAUGAGCCAGACAAACAGAGUGUGGACAGUUUUAUAGAGGAUUCUGCCAAGACCCUUGGGAACCAUCCUUCUGCUGAUCAGACCUUUAUCACUGAUACAGUUUAUGGAUGCGUUGUGCACCGAAGGCUUUUGGAUAUUGUGGUCAACGUCUUUUAUGAUCAGAAUGGGAAAUCUUUAUUCAAAGCUGAUCGGAACAAAUUUGGUGUGGUGUGUUACCUUGCCAUGUUCCAUCUUGAAGAUCUGGGCUUGGAGCAGUUCAGUAGAAUAAUCAAGUCUCUGGACACCUCAAAAAUGCACAAGUUCCUUAGUUUUUUCUUCAGUGUCACCAAUCUCACCACCUGGAUUCAUGGGGAGUGGAGUCAGAUCUAUGAUGCUGACUACGUAGAACACAAGUGGAUAACUCCAUUACUGAGAUGGCGAGCUGAGAUCGAAGGUCUGCUAGAUUACCUAAGCAAGAAAAUGACCAAAGGCAGUCUGCCAAGGAAAUCCCCUAAGAAGUGCACACAACCUCAGAAGUUUGAUCUGACGAAGCCCAAACCUCGUCCACUCCCUGCUCCUGAGCCUAUUCCACAGCAGGAGAAAACCAAGCCAGUACCAAUGAGCACCCAUAGAGCUCCAAAAGAGCCGCAACUACUGGAGGACAUCAAACAGAAGAAUCAUCUGAAAGCACAGCAAGUCCUGUAUGAAGCGAAUAUUCAGCAGUUCCGAUGUGCAAACUCACAGAAGUCUGAAAAGACACAGAACGCAAUGUCCCAGAUUCAGCAAAACUUCGAUUCCAAACUCAAAUUUGACAGUGUUUACUCCUCCGGGACCCCAGCCACCCAAAAGAUGAACAAUUUACCCGUCAGACUGAACACAACAGCUAUCCUGCGGGAGGGAGCACUGUAUAAUCGGCAGAUGGAAGAGGAGCUGAAUAGGCUUGAGCGUCUGAUGCAGGGGGCAAAUGAGCCCUCUGCAUUCCUGCAGUGGCAAAAAGAGAUGAGGGAGAAGGACCUGCAGGAAGAGUUGGCCCAGGUGGAGCGCAGGAGACUGGAGGGGAAGAUUAGCUACGAGGAGGCUCUGCUGGCACGGCAGCGUGUGCUAGAGCUCAACCAGCACAAAGCCCAGCUCAAAAAGGAGGAGACUGCAGAGCUGAUGCGCAAGUAUGCAGAGAAACGUCUGAGGGAGGAGGAGGAGAUGAGAGAGCUGGUGCAGCAGGUGGCUAGUGGGCACAAAAACUCCAAAGCUGCCAAAAUCAAACUGCAAGAAAUCAAACAACGUAUUGUGAAAGAGGUUUCUGAGCAGAGCAGGGAGCUCCUUCGGCAGGCACUGGAGGAAGCCCAGGCUGAGCUGAGCCGCAAGUUCGAGCUCAUUUGUCAGAUUCGAGCUAUUGAGUCUGUGCCUCAUAACAGACAGAGGUUUCUGGAUGAUACACAGACAGGAGGUCAUGAACUGCUAUGCGAGAUGUCACUGGUAGAGCUACGGGAGCGCUUGGCCAGGCUGAGGGAGGAGGAGCAGCGGGAGCAGGAGGAGAAGAGGCACAGGAUCCAUGAGGAGAAACAGAGCAGAGAGCAGCUACUGCUGGAGCAGCUGGAUACCAUUUCUAUGUGCAGGACUGCAGCACGACAUGCCACUGCACAAAAGCAGGAGGAGAAGAAAAAAAGACUGAAGCUACAGGAGGCAGUCAGUAUGGAUGAAAGAGUGAUGGCCCUGCAGAAGACCCUGGAGAUGAAGCAGCAGGAGAGACAGAACAAGAGGGAGAGAGAAAAUGCCAAAGCGAACAUAAAUAAACAGAUAGCUACUCAGAAAGUCAAGAGCUAUAUCCAAGAAAAGCAGGCAUUGGAGGAGCAACACUGGUUGCAGCUGGAACAGGCUUUAGAGAGGCAAGUCCAAAAAGAAGCAUCCAGGAGGAACACUUCAGGCCAGAACUAUGGCAUAGCUACAUAAGACCUUUUCCCAUCAUCUAUAUGAGGAAAUUUAAU